AUGACGAUUUGCAAAUUAUUACUGCUUUGUACGGUGUUUGGUGCUGUCGCCGCGACAUGGUCGAUGAGUGGAUAUGCCUGCAACCAACCCCAAUUAUACUCCCAAUGUAAUUGCCCCUCAUUCUGUAGUAGUUAUAUGCAACAACCCCAGUAUUCCCCAUGUGGAUACUCUAAUGGAUGCUCAGGAGGUGGUGGGGGAUACUAUCCAAGAAGACGUCAUCAUCACCGUAAACACAAGAAGCCACGUCGCAAGUUCCGUUUUGAUUCGGAUGAAGAUGAAGACAUGGCACUACCACCAAGGAAGCAGGUUUCGAGAGUGUUGAGUGAGGAACAAGGAUUCAUUGAGGAGAAAUCGUCGAGAGUGACUUCUGGAGGAGGAGCCAGUGGGAAGACUGACAGCUCGUGGGAGAAUGAGGACCUCUGGGAGAAGAAAUUCGUGACUGAACGUACCCGAACCACUCCAGAAGAGAAGCUAGACUCCGAAGAGUUCCCUGAGAUUACAAGUGAAGAAAUUGCAGAAUCUGAACGCCGAAUGCGAAUGAGAACAUCCACCAUGCCACCACAAGUUGUCCAACCUCAACCACAACCAAUGGGUGGUGGAGGACUCGGUGGAUUGGGACUCGGAAAUGGAGGACUAUUCGGAAUAAGUAGUGGAGUUGGAGUGGGUGUUCCAGGUGUCGGACCGAUUGGAGUGUCCAGUGGUCUUGGUAUUGGAAAAUAG